GAUGGAAAAUUUGAAGUUGUGGCCAAUGCCUCUGGAGACAGAGUUACUCCUGCAGUGGUGGCAUAUCAUGAGAUGGAAGUGGUAACAGGACUUGCAGCUAAGCAGGGAAUGAUCCGACAUGCGGCAAAUACCAUUCAGAAUGUGCUACGCAGUGCCAGCUGCAGUGAAGAUGAAGGAACCUGUCAGUCUAAUGUAUCAUGUUGUCCUAAAUGGGAAAAUAACCAAGUGUGCUACACAGUGCAACGAGGAGAGAAAACUGCAACUGUUACCGCAGAGGAGGUUUUAACUCACAUUUUUACUCUGCUCAAAGGUAUUGCCAUGAAUCAGACAAGUGAAUCAGAGCUCCCUCUUGUUAUAAGUGUUCCAGCUUGGACCAGUGAAGCAGCUGUUGAGGUUAUCAAGAAAGCUGCCAAGAAAGCUUCUUUUAAUUUGAUGUCAACUAUCAGUCAACCAGUUGCUGCAGUCUUAGCAUAUGGCCUUGUAAAUGACAACAAAAAGAAUUUACAAGUUGUUGUGUUACACUGUGGAGGUACAACCAUUGUAGGCUCUGUGGUUGAAAUGGCUGGAGGAUUAGUAAGCAUGAAAGAAUCGAUCACAUCUUCCUCUGUUGCUGGGGAUUCCCUAACAGAUUUACUUGUGCAACACUUUGCAAAGGAAUUUUAUGCGAAAUAUAAGGGUGACCCUCUGGAGAGCAAACGAUCUAAAAGGAAAUUAUAUAAUGCUGCUGAAAACUGCAAGCAUGUCCUUUCCACAAUGGGAACAGCUCAGGUCUAUGUUGAAUCUCUGUGGGAAGGUGUUGACUUCUCCACAACUCUCUCCCGGGCACGAUUUGAAGGCAUAGUCUCCUCGGCUCUCUCAAGCUUUCUGCAACCAGUCAGGGAGGCAGUGCAGAGGUGUGGUCUAACAGUGGACAAAAUCCAGAAGGUUAUUCUCACUGGAGGCUCUGCGAAGAUACCAAAACUGCAGCAGUUAGUUAGUGAUGCCCUUCCCCCAUUAUUUUUGUGCAGCAUCUUUCCCGAUGAACCUUUGGGUGGGCUUCAAAAGAAGCCGCACUGCUGUUAGGACAGCCCUUCACAUGUGCCUCUGGCUUCUACCACGGUCCCAGCUCUGGCUACCUCAAUUUAUUGUUUAAUCUUAGGUAGCAGGUAGUGAGAGCAAUGAAUGUGUGUUCAGCAAGGGACUCCAACACAUGCACGGCAGAGUCUGAGUUUAGCCUUACCAUGUCCUGCGCCUUCCCCGUGCUCUAUCAUAGUUUAUGAGGGGGAGACCUUAACACAACACCAGCAGAAAAUGCAGUACUGCUCAAGAUUUAAACUGGUUGAUGUCACAACAUUCUUAGAAAGCUCAAAAUUUGUUAAAAUGGACUUUCACCUAAAAAGUGAUGGAAGUCUCCAUGUUACGUUACAGGAGCCAAAGGCCAAAGUUAAUCAAUCUUUUAUUAUUGAAGCAGAUCGGAGUUGAGAUAGGUAGUACCUAGAUGCAUUAUCCCUGUGUGAAAAUUUCAAGCAAUCUAAUAAAUAGCCUACUUAUUGCCAAAA